UCUCCUUCUCCUUCUUCCCCCUCCCCCACACCCCCAAACCUCUCGCGCUCGCUAGGGUUUUCGGUACCCCCCCCGCGCUUCCUCCCGCGACUCCUCCUCGCCCAUGGCCUCCGGAGCCCUAGAGGCCGCGGAGCCCGAAGGGGCGGCGGCUCCUCCCCUCGUCGAGGGCAAGGAGGAGCUCCCCGAGAAAUUAGAGGUGGAGGAAAUUGAGCCGUGGUUUCGAUUUUGGUCGAGCGAGAUUAGCAAGGAUCAGGUAGCCCGGGCCUCUCCCUCUCCCUCUCUUGUGUUGUUGUGGAUCCCAUUUAGAGUGUCAAAGGGAAGGUGGUGAUUGAUGCCUUCCGUUUGAUCAACCCACAAACCAUGAUGCUUGGCCAAGAACCCAGGCAGACAACCUCUAACCUUGGACAUCUCAACAAACUGUCCAUCCAAGCAUUGAUCCAUGGGCUGAACAGACACUAUUACUCAAUUGCCAUCAAUUACAGAAAGAAUGAACUGGAGGAAAAAAUGCUACUUAAUCUUCACAAGAAGAAAUGGAUAGAUGGCUUGACGCUUAGCCGUUUUGACACACAUUCUAAAACCAAUGAACAGACUGUUCAGUUUCACUCAAAGAGUGUUGCGACUUGUCAUGGGAGACAGAUUUUCGAGAAUUUUAGGGGAAUAACAGAAGAUUAUUGGUUGAGAUCAAGCUCCUCUUUCUUCAGAAGGAGAUAUGCUCAUUUUACUGCGCGAAUCCAGGUGCCCCACGGUAAUCAUAUAUCAGGACAAGUUCGUUUAACAAAUACUCCCUCUGUGGAGAUUAAUGGCGAUCACUUGCUUCAAGAGGUUACUAGAAGCAGAAGACCAGUGUAUGAUUUGGACGAGAGGAACUGUCUUGGUAUGUCAAAUCUAGGGACUUCACCUGCAACCAUCGACAUGAAGCUACUUAAGUUGACAUGGAGAAGGUUAGAAGGUUUGGCUGCUAGACUUGGUGGAGCCAAGAACAUAUUCUGUGAACUUUUUUCUGAUAACAAGGCUGAGAACACCUUUUGGUUGGAUAGUUCCUCAAUUGAGAAGGUCUGUCUUGAAGAGGAAGAAUGCACCUUUCAGUUUGGUUCUUUAUUUAUGUCAUUUUUGUGGAAAAUGUAGAUGAAUGUAUUUCAUUUUCAUAUUAUUAUAAUAUUUUGAUGUUAUUAAGUGCUUAA